AUGGGUGGAAAGGCCAAGAAAAAUAAUCACUCCUUGGAGGAAGCGUGCCACCAAAAUGGGAUAUCCAAUCGCAGCACAUCUGCAAGGAAUCUGUGUAAAAAGGAUCUCGGCGGAGUAAUUUUGGGGUGCACUCACCAUACCAUUAAGGAGUGUUAUGCAAAUAAGCUAUUUGGUCUGCCUCGUCUACAUUAUGCAUAUAUUAAGAAGAUUGAACCUGGCUUGGCGCUUUUCUUAUUCAACUACAGCGAUAGGAAAUUACAUGGCGUUUUUGAAGCCACUAGCAGAGGCCAAAUGAAUAUAGAUAUACGUGCAUGGACAAAGGAACCCUCUGAAGAAACCCCCUAUCCUGCGCAGGUUAAGGUGAAAAGGCGUAUUGACUGCCAGCCUUUGGUGGAAGAGCAGUUCCAACCAGUAAUAAUUUCCAACUACUGUAGUACAACGCACUUCUGGUUUGAACUUGAUCAAGAACAGACAACAAAAUUGAUAUUCCUGUUUACGUCUAAUCGAAUUGAUGCAACUAUUCCAAGGGCAAAAUAUCCAGACGGACGGAUCACGGUGGAGAAAGAUUUGCUUGCUUUUAAGAGUAGGAUAGGAGGUGAAAGAGCCAAGACACCUGCCAGUGGAUGGGAUCUUGCUCAGCCAAAUCAGGUUAUUGGAGACUGGAGGUCUAAUGAGAGUCCUAGGCCUGAGAAAGAGAGACUAGGAUCUGCUACGAAUGAGUUUGCAGCACCAGAGCAUGAUGAAGCUGAUCAGAGUCGAAGUUAUGCCAAUGCAAAUAAUAUUCCUCGAAAGUUGUGGAGCUCUCUAUUCAGGUCUGAUUCAACUUCUAAUGCUGGGGAGCAACCUCAAAGUUCCAAGUCUAGAGCUACAGGAGCGAAAGGAUUUGAUGACCUAACGGGGGAAGAAACUGAUGACGUAGCGGGAUUUGCAGCUGAAGUUGGAGUUAUUGGUUCAGGUCAAUGCAAUCCUGAGGGCUCUGUGCCUGCUGCAGCUUGUAUAAAUGCAUCUACAAGUCCUCCUCCACCUGAGAGUAGGAAGGAGUUUGAAGAGCAUGCAAGCUCGGAAGCAAGUUCUGAAGCUGCUAAGGAGGCUUGGAUACACCUCAGAGGUGCUUCAUCAACUUCUCGUGCAACCAGUGAACAUGAUGAAUUUAAGGUUGUAGAUCUGGAAACCAGAUUUUCUCCAAUUGAUUUUAGGAGCAUUUUAGGGGAUGCUUCGGUUAUUGCCCCCAACUUGAAUAGAGAGAGCCAUAUGUCCGAACACCAUAUAGAUAAGGAGAGGGAUGAAGAGGCUUUAUGCAUAGAAAAGAAAUCUAUGGCUUUGUCCCGUGUGAGCAUUUCUUCUAGCACUUCUUCUCAGCUGAGUUCACCUACCCUGGCAGUGACAGAGACUCAAUGUCUGAUUCCUUAUGAGUUCACUUCCAGUUGUGAUUCUUCAUCCGCGAUGAUCACAACAGAAAUUGCACCUGACAACCUGGAGGAAGGUACUAAAGUGCCGUCACUUCACGUAGGUGUUUCAGAAAUUGUUGCUGAGUUGCUAUGUGAAGUGCGAGGGCUCAUGUUAUCUCAGUUGGAACAAGCCCAAAGAUUUAGUUUUAUUGAGAAGGAACUGAGACAGAAAAUUUGCUGUCUAGAAGAUAGAUGCAAAGCAUUAGAGCUCAGGGAAUCUUCAGCUGUUGGGCCUGUCAGUGAAACUCAGUAUGAGACUGGUUGCAAACCUCCUCCAUUUAAUGAGUCAAUAUUCAUAGUGGGAGGAUAUGAUGGUUCUUCCCAUUUAUCAGCCUCAUAUCUAUAUUCUCCUCAUAAAGAUAUCAUGACUUCACUGUCUCCUAUGAGAUUUGUGCGCUCCCAAGCUUCAGUGGCAAAAUUAAGAGGCGAACUAUAUGUUUUUGGUGGUUUUUAUGAUGAUGUAUGGCAUGACACAGUGGAGUCAUACAGCCAGGAGUCCAAUAAAUGGACUGAUCGACCUUCAAUGAAUCGGCGAAGAGGAUGCCUAGUGGGGGUAUCUUCAAAGGAUAAGAUAUUUGCAAUUGGUGGUGCAGCUGGCUGCGAGCCCUUUUCAGAUGUCGAGAUGUAUGAUCCAGACACUGGAAGAUGGAUCCCUACUUGUUCAAUGCUACGCAAGCGACUUGCUCCAGCUGCUGCAGAACUGAAUGGCAUGCUCUAUGCUGUAGGAGGAUAUGAUGGAGAAGACUACUUGGAGUCAGCAGAAAGAUUUGAUCCUCGAGAACGCUCAUGGAGACCGAUAAAAGACAUGAGCACAAAAAGAGGGGGUCAUUCUUUGGUCGUCUUGAACCAAAACUUAUAUGCUGUAGGAGGCUACGAUGGAUCUAAAAUGGUGGCGACAGUGGAGCUUUUUGAUCCUCGUGCUGGUUCGUGGAUGAUGGUGGAAUCGAUGAAUGAAGCAAAGACAAAUCAUGGAGCGGUCGUGAUGGGAGACGUGAUAUAUAGCCUUGGUGGACUGAACGAGGACAUGGAAGUACUCGACACGGUGGAAUGUUACAAAGAGGGUCUCGGAUGGCAGGAGAUUGACCUGAAGGCUUUUGAGAAGAGGUGCUAUUUCUCUGCAAUCGUGGUAUGACAGAAGAUCGAGGUCCUACACUUAGGUUCAGUGCUAUGUAAGUCGAGCAGGGGAGCAUGAUCUCGCUGGGGAUUGCUUCACUUAUUGAGCACGGUCAAAGCUCUUUAUCUGUUUUUCGGGUUUCUGCCUACCUUCGAAGGAGGAUUAAGGAUGGGGUUGUGAAUACGGUAAAAGUGAGUGAACAUAUGCAAUGUAAUCUGUCCUGUUCUCUGGACUGCGGCCUUUUGGACCGUCAACGCAUC